UAUAAUUUAAAUAUGUGCAAAUUAAUUCGGUACUCUUGAUGAAACUAAUCCUUUAUUUUCUUUUUUCGAGAAGGAAUUCAUCAGCUGCCCGAUAAGAUGGAGAAAAAUAUUAAAAAUGAUUAUUAUUUUUUGUAAUCAAGGCUUAAUUUUGUCAAAGCCACCAAAUGAAAUCGUGAAUCGAUCGUAUCGACAAUAAAAUGCACUAGUUCUAAAGAAUAAAAUGGAUACAGUUAGCGCGACGAUCAGUGGCUGGCUCGUAAGCGUCUCAAGAACAAAUGGCCGCUUCUCUGAUAACAACACGGCGAGUCAGCUGAUGGAGAAAAUCACUAGAUUACCAACUUGAGUUCUCUUCUCUCAUUGUUCUCUCUUCGCCCGGAUCUUCCUGUGUAUCUCUUAUAUUUUGACACACUAGAAUUCGUCGCUCAUCUAUUGAUUAUCUCAUGACGCGAGAUGAUACGAAUCUGCGUAAACUAGUGAGGCGAGGCGAGGCGAGGCGCGGUCGCGGUCGCGGUCGUAACGUUGCGCGGUAGCCCAUGUACGUGACGUUGAAUAUUCUUUUUACACGAAAGUUUGGAAAAUUUCAUUUUUCAUAGUUUGAGAUUUCGGCAAACGGUGAUGCACGCAUUCCGUGCAAAAAAAUCCAUCGUCUUCCCGAUCGAGAUCUCGCCAGGUGCGCGCGCGCAUGCACGUCAAGAGGCGUACUUACGCAGGCGCGCGAGACACCGUGGAUCGACGUUGACGGUCAGUGUGGUGCGCGAUCAAGUGCUCGUUGUCGCGAUACGCCGUGUUUGACACAAGUGCGGUUACGUACGUAGCAGAUGAAACGUUGCGCCAAGUGAAAAGUGAGAGAACGAUCGAACUGAUCGAGUGCAACAUUCGAGUGACGUUGACAGUGCAUCGUUCGGGCGGCACGCCGUGCCGUGCCGUGCCGUGCCGUGCCGUACCGUGCCGUGCCUCGCUGUGCCGUGCCCUACUGCGUUGCCGGCAGCUUUUCGCUUGCAUGCCACACUUGGACGCGAGAAUCCGAGCUCCUCGUUGGUGCUUUGCAGUAUUCGUUGGAAUAGGCCGCUUCGCUAAAACCGUGCGCGUACCUAAAGUGGCGAUGAAAAUUGAAACGUGUCAAGACAUGACAUAGAGAAGAAUGGAUGAGUGAAAAUUGCCGGGAUGAAGGAUUUCGCACCGUAAUCGAGCGAUGUUAGUGACUGCCUCCCCGAUGGACAAUCCGGCGAACAUGCUGUCGGUGCUCGAGGAGGAGGCGGCAAAUGUCGCUGACAUCGAGGACGCGUUUCCGCCGCACGUUGACACUAGCAAUAUCAUCAUCCAGCCGGAAUCGCCCACCAGUAAGAAGCAAGCUCUGAAGACCUUCGCCGAGGUGAACGCGUUGCUACAGGCCAGCCGAAAACGUGAGGCAAAACUGAUCAUACGCGAGAAUGCUUGGCCCCUUAACAACGGUAUCAGGUCGCAACUCUGGCCGGCGCUCUGCGAUCAGCAUGCGCAUGGCAAGAACAUGCUUGAUGGAUUCUACUGGGACAUGGUGAACCAGGUUUUCGGAACGACAGAACUACCAGAAAAAUCCAUCAUGCUGCCACCAUUCGUCGAUAGCACGCAUUGUUUAUCUUACAACUUGACGCGGAAAGGUAGAAAUGUCGCAGACAGAAUCGUGUCGGUGUUAGGAUAUGCAUGUCCUGACAUCACCUAUAGCCCAUCCCUUUAUCCGUUAACUGCGCUCCUUCUGCAUUUUGUGCCAGAAGAAGAAUGUUACCAUUGCAUGGCUACUUUGGUAGCAGCCAAAGAGAAAAUGUUUAUCACGCAAACCAAGCUUCUCUAUGAAGUCACAUGGAAGACAGUAGAACAAAUCACUAAGAAACAUGUUAAAUCGGCUGCUGUACACUUAGCAAGGCAUUGUUCCGGUUCGAGAGCGGAAAGAAUCUACAUGGACUGGAUCUGGUGGAUUCUUCAACUUCUUCCAUUUCAACAUCUAGUCAGGGUUAUGGACUGUUUCCUACACGAAGGCAUUAAAGUCUUUUAUCGGAUUGCUAUGGCUAUAGUUUUAUUAUUCUAUAAGCACUCUUCGCCGCAGAAUUCGGAAUGGCUAAACGAGAUUUCGAAAAAUGGCAUCGAUGCUGCUCUAUCCAAGUUCUGUAGACAAAUACCAGUUACACCUGCAAAGUUUCUACGCACCGCCUUCGGAAUACGUGGCCUCAGCUCAGCAUACAUAUCACGAGUAUUUCUACGCACGGAAAUGGCUCUUAAAAGUAAAAGCGUCCUGACAGGAUCCCGAUCGAUGGCUAGGUCGCGUUCGACGGACAAUCUGCCCACCAGUCAAUCUCAAAUUAACAUCCAGAUGAUGUCACAUACACUUACGAUACGAGAAAAAGAAUGUGAAGACACGUACAAAGAUCGGGGUGCACAUAGUCCAGGACCGCGCGCCCUAUCAAUGGGCGUUUACCCCAUACAAAGUAUAUGCUCCCAGAUCCUAGAUAUACCUGAUUUAUUUACUCUAUGGUCAUGGCUGCCAAUGAGAAUUACAAUGUACCAGCCGAUUUUAUUGUACACUACCGAGGAGCAUGGAUGUUCCUUAACAACUUUCUACGUGCGAGUUGAGCAACAUGAGCCAACCCUUCUGAUGAUAAAGACGUGCAACAACGAGGUAUUUGGUGCAUACUGCUCAACGAGAUGGUGCGAACGUAAUUUGAAGGAUGAUAAAGGACAGAGACAAGCAUACUUCGGUACAGGUGAAACGUUCCUAUUCAGCUUAUAUCCAGAGCGAGCAAAAUAUCCCUGGGUAGGAAUGGAUUCGUCGCACAACGAUUCCAGAGUACAUCACUCAGCUGAGUUAUUUAUGGCCGCGGAUUCAAAAAUGAUAACUAUUGGCGGCGGGGACGGUCAGGCAAUUUGGAUGGAUGAGAACAUCAGAUUUGGCAAAACGGACCGCUGCUCAACCUUCAAUAACCCACCCCUCUGCGCUAGCGGUGACUUCGAGAUCAGAGUGCUGGAAGUGUAUGGUUUCGCGGGUGCCUGAAGAGGGGGAAAAAAGACAUAACUAUAUGUAUAUGAAUUUGUUUUAUUUCCUACUGCCACACUUAGUGACUCUCUUCCUACAUAUACAUACUAAACACGACGCGAGAUUAUGACACGCCAUAAAUAUAUUUGCUUCUAUCGUUCUUUCUAGGAAAAUUUGCAUGUAAACGACACAACGCACAACAUGAUGAAUUUGCCCAAUGUAGAAGGACAAAGAUAUUCUACGCUCUUAUACGUCUGUAUAUAGAAACGUUUUGCAUUUCCAUUCGUUUCGGAAUUGUCUAUACACUAACUUGAUCUAUAUGUAUAUUAAUCUCUCUCUCUCUCUCUAGGCGAAAAUUUUAACACUAUCACGAAAUGUACAUAUCUUUAGAAAUUCGUGACACAAAAAAUUAUGAAAUUACUUUUCUAUUUGAAAAAAUCGUAUCAUUCUACAUUGUUAAUGAAAUGUAACGUUAAGUUUAAUUAAUUGUUCUCUACAUUUCUAACUUGUAUUAAGUUUUUUUUUUUUAAGAUGGAGUGUUGCCAUGUACAGAUUAAUAUUUUGAGAGUAAUACUCGCAUUUUCAAACGUUCGGAAAGGUAAAUUUUUUAUUUUAUUAUUUUCCUAUUUCAAAUUUUGCAUAUGUAAGGAUAAUCGUUAAUAAAAACUAAAUAAAGAAAUAAGUUACAAAGCCAA